AUGGUCAGCUCCUGUUGUGGCUCCGUCUGCUCUGAGCAGAGCUGCUGCCAGCCCAGCUGCCUUCAGACCACCUGCUGCAGGACCACCUGCUGCCGCCCCAGCUGCUGUGUGUCCAGCUGCUGCCGGCCCCAGUGCUGCCGCCCUUCCUGCUGCAUCUCCAGCUGCUGCAGGCCCCAGUGCUGCCAGUCUGUGUGCUGCCAGCGCACCUGCUGCCGCCCCAGCUGCUGCCAGCCCACCUGCUGCAGGCCCACCUGCUGCAGGCCCACCUGCUGCAUUUCCAGCUGCUGCAGGCCCCAGUGCUGCCAGCCCUCCUGUUGCCGCCCCACCUGCUGCAUCUCCAGCUGCUGCCGCCCCUCCUGCAGUAGUUCCAGCUGCUGUGGCUCCAGCUGCUGCCGGCCCCAGUGCUGCCGCCCUUCCUGCUGCAUCUCCAGCUGCUGCAGGCCCCAGUGCUGCCAGCCCACCUGCUGCCGCCCCACCUGCUGCAUCUCCAGCUGCUGCCGCCCCUCCUGCAGUAGUUCCAGCUGCUGUGGCUCCAGCUGCUGCCGCCCCAGCUGCUGCCCUGGCUGCUGCUUCCGCCCAGUCUGUGGCCAAGUCUCCUGCCACACCAGUUGCUAUCGCCCAACCUGUGUCAUCUCCACCUGCCCCCGCCCCAUGUGCUGUGCCGUCCCUUGCUGCUAA